AUCAGUCGCAGCAAAUUAAUUAACAAAGAAUACUAAACAAUCUUUGAAAAUUAUUUGAAAGAUAUCCUAUUGAAUAUUACGAAAAUGAUUUUUAGCAUAAUUGAAACUUCUACUUUUGUCACCUGCGUACUAUUUUCAAGUGUUCUUUGUGCUCCUUUAUGGAAAGACGCUUGCCUUCAACUGGAUCCUCCUAAUUUACAAGACACUUUGGCCGAAUAUCGAGUUCAAUAUGACGUUCAACCAACAUCAAUGAAUUCCUACUUUAGUAAGUCGUUCGGUGAUUAUUUAGUAAAUGAAAACGAGAAUGUUACGUGCCCUAAAUCCCUAACUGAUCUUCAAAUUGAACUCGAUAAGAAGAAGAUUACAACUAAACCAUCCACUUGUCCAACAUAUUCAGUUAUCAGCUAUAAUGAAGACCGCUAUCCAAGAUCUAUUAAGGAAAGUCUAUGUAGGUGUACACAAACUGAAAAUAAUGGGUGUUUAACACGAACGAGUCAAACUGACCUUGAAUUCGAAUGUGAAGCAAUAUACGCAGAAAUAGUUGUUUUAUACAAAGAGAGAGGCACUUGCGAAGGAGAAUUUUCAAAAUACGUUCCUGCCUUAUACAAACAACAAGUUGGCUGCGGUUGUGUUCAUAAGACUAUCUAUGCAUGAUCUUCAAAAUUUUGUUUUGUGUAUUAGAAUUCUUUUAAAUGAAAGAAUUCAUCAAUUAGCACUAAGAAAUGCGUUUAAUAAUUUCAUGCAUUAAGAUCUUAUAAAUGAUUCUGAUAAUUUAAAUGAAAAGUGAUUUUGUUAUAAAGUGCUUUUUUUGUUAUUUUGUUAGAACCCGUUGUAUGUUUUAUUUAAGUUUGAUGUUUUAAGUUUAAUAAAUUGCUUAUAUCAAUCUCUG